CUGUCCGCUCGGAGCUGAGAGAGGAGGAGCCUGUGGGGUGUGGGACUCCAGACAAAGGAGACAUAUACACACUGACACUGGAGUUAAAGGAGAGGAAAACAGCUGCAGAGCUCCGCUUUACUUACCGGAGACGAUCCUCAACUCCUGCACUACUUUUGUGUGUGCGUGUGUGUGCGUGCAGUUUGGAAAACUUUCUUUGCGGGAGGGGGGGAUGUUGUGUAUGUCAGCUGUGCGGCUCCGUUUGUGAGCUGGGAGAUGUUUGUGUUGGCCCUAUGCAGCCUGUAGUGUGUAGAAGUGUGCAUGUGUGUUCAUGUGUGUGUAUGUGAGUAUGUUUGGGAUGGAAAAGUGGGGCUGGCACAACCGACAGCUCUGGUCUUAGCUUUACGCCAUGGGGGGUUGCCAUAGUUACCCCUCGGCUACGGAGGCAGACGGCAAGAUUCUUCAGUCUUCUGACAUCAGCAAUGACAAACAGGGCAUUAAUAACAAUAAUCUGGAGGAGCGUCCGUAUCUGCAGGAGGAGUACGUGUGCCAGCAGAUCACAUACACAGACAUGUGCACCCUCAUCGCUCUGCCGCCGGGCGUCGACAAGGCCGAGUGGCUCGCCAGCAACACUGUGGCGUUUUUCAAGCACAUAAACCUGUUCUCCAGUGCGCUGUCGGAAUUCUGCACGCCCACCACCUGCCCAACUGCGUGUGGACCUGGCAACGUGGUUUAUGUCUGGACCGACGACCACGGCAGGAAGCUGAAGUGCUCUGCUCCGCUUUACUUUGACUAUGCCAUGUCUUACAUUCAGGACCUACUCACAGAUGAAGAUGUGUUCCCCACGAAAGCAGGCUCAGUGUUUCCAUCCGGCUUCUUCUUUCUGGUCCAGAAAGUGUUUCUGCUGUUGUUCCGGACCCUGGCUCACAUUUACUGGUCUCACUACAGAGAGGCCGUCGCUCUGGGCCUGCAGGCGCACCUCAACACACUCUUCACACACUUCACGCUCUUCUGCCGGCAGCACGCGCUGCUGGAGCCUGAAGACACCGAGCCGCUGCAGGACCUCAUCACCGCUCUGGGACAGCAAGCCUGAAACCUCGAGAGCAAACACUCACACACACAAACACGCUUUCGUCACAUACUCAUUGACUUUUUAAUAUGUCUCCCUGGGCCAAACUUCAGCUUGAUACACAGCAUGUCCGUAUUUUAUUUUUACAUUUUUUGUUUUGAAGUCUGGAAGUUGUAGCAUGUGAUCCAGACCAGACGAGUGUGUAUGGCUCCUGUUGUAUAUAGUCGUCAUCAGUUAUUGUGAUACUAUGUGAAAAAUUAUAUUGCAUGUUGGUGUAUUUUAACAUAAUGGUGCAUUAUUAUAUUUCGAUAAGGUCAAGAUUCGUGUCUUCUUCAUAGACGAAACACAGAAUUUGAAAAAAAACAAAAAACAGAACUGUCCCCUGAUGUCAGCUGACUCACUGACAAUUUACAGUUGAUAUGAACAAAAUGUGCCAUAGUUGCUCUCAGUAUAUUUUCCAGAAACCUAUAACGGUGACGUGUCAAUUCAAAUGUGACCUUAAUUGUGACUGCAUCUGUAUCCAAAGGCACAGCUUAUCUCUUUAUGUAUGAUUUAUACGUACAGUAAUAAACAUUUAUGACACA